AUGACCAGAUGUGGCGUUGGAUGUACAGAUGAAAACGCUGAUUGUAACGCUUGUUAUAUUUGGUUCAACGGUUUAUGCAAUUGUCUCAAGCGUUUGACAGGACAAUUGAAGACCGGUUGCGAAGUAUAUCCGAAGUCCACCCUGACAAUUGGCCAGAGAACUCCACCAGCAUGGAUUCUGAACAAUCAACAUGACAUAAUCACUACCACAUACAAGAUACCAGGCAUAUUGGAACUCCAUGAUGUGCCUGAUUAUAAUGGCGGUUUCGAUUUUGGACAAAAUAAGCUCCAAGGAGACAAACAUGGCGCACUAGCUCUGAAUCCAGCUGCCAGCCGAUCAGAAGAACAGCUUCACAUUCACCUAUGCACCAAUGACAACGACCCAAUUCGAGAUGCUCUUACUGGCUUGACUCGCUCAGGCUUCACGAGUUUGGCCCCGGUUGACAUAACCUCCGUCAAGAGCAGUUAUGGCACCAUGUGGUGUCGAGUUGCACCAAAUAAAGGGGAUAUUAACAUCAAUCAAGGUCAGGAUAUCUUGGACUAUCUCCAAAAGAUUGAUACUUUGUACGGGCCUAGCAACUGUGAAAGGUAUCAUGUUGGUGCAGGAUAUAUGAAGGAUAAGAAUGACUACGCCUGGUCUUGCGUUACGACUGCAAGUUCGGCGGAAGGAAUAUUCUGUCAUAGUUAA